AUGGCUAACUACGAGGAUCGCCGCCCCCACAGCGAAGAAGAAGAAGAAAAGGCUGCUGCUGCCACCACCGGCGACGACGACGACGCCAAAGUGACGCGCAGGAAAACAAUGAUCACGGCCUCCAUUGCCCGCCGCCACCUCCUUGUCGACGUGCUGCACAACGUCGCGGCGCAGCUUGACCCCCCGUCCUUCGUCUGCUUCCGCGAGACGUGCUCUGCAUGGCGCAGCGCUGCCACCGCCGUCACCGACUACCCGCACCUGCAGCGCAAGAACUCGCUGCUGGCGCUCUCCGCCGACCCCGAAGGCGACUUCCGCCGCCUCAUCAGCCCUUCCCUCAACCUUCAGCUCUCCGAUUCUUCCUACCGCUUCCGGUGCUGCGGGCUCUUCGACGAUUGGAUCGCCGCCGUGACCGCCUCCGGGCGCGUGUUCCUCCUCCGCCAGGUUCCGGUGACAGCUCGCGUGGAGCUGCCGCCGAUAUCGACGCUGACCCUCCCGCCGGGGUUCGGCGACGCCGACAAUUGGCAGAGAAACCCGCUGUACGUGAAAAAGAUCGCGCUGUCGGCCCCGCCCGACUCGCCAGACUGCCUCGCCGUGGCCGUGUACUGGUUCAACCACCUGGCAGUCUGCAGGCCGGGAGAUGCGGAGUGGACGGCCGUGCACGAGCCGUGGGAACUCAAUCGAGUAUACUUUGACUACUACUACAAGGAUGCCAUAUUCGUCGCACCGCGGGAGCUGAUCGCGGUGGCGCUCACGGGGCGCGUCGUCUCGUUCGAAUUCUCGUCGUCGUCCGGAAGCAGGCGCCCGCCGGUCGUGACGGUGCUGAUGCCGGAUAUGCAACACUGGCGGAGUUACAGCAGGGCGUUUCUGGCGAACUGCGACGGGGAGGCGGUGUUGGUGGAGAGGAGUUCGGCCUUAGGGUUCGAAGUGCUUAAGCUGGUAGAGGACGAUCGCGGCCGCUGGGCGAGGAAGUGGGAGAAGCAGGAGGGACUGCAGGGGAAGAAGGCGAUGGCAGCGGUAGUGAGCCGGUGCGGCUGUGUCUGCGUGCCGGUCGAGGAGGCGCCGCCGCCGGGGUUGGAGGAGAAUUGCAUCUACUUCGCGGAAGCGCGCAAAGAUAAGGGAGAGCCGUUGAGGGCCGGGGUGUUUAGGAUGAGCGACAAGAGUAUACGUUGGGUUGAGAAUGGUGAGGGGAUGGUGCCUCUGAUGCUGUUUCUCUUUGACCGUAAGACCCUUUUUUAG